UCCAGAGCUGACCUGUCCAGGACGAAGCAUAACUAACGAAGCUGCUGCAGGAUGAGAAGAUGGCAGCGCGGCUGCUUGCACCACCAGGCCCUGAUAGUUUCAAGCCGUUUACCCCUGAGUCACUGGCAAACAUUGAGAGGCGCAUUGCUGAGAGCAAGCUCAAGAAACCACCAAAGGCCGAUGGCAGCCAUCGGGAAGAUGAUGAGGACAGCAAGCCCAAACCAAACAGUGACCUGGAAGCAGGGAAGAGUUUGCCUUUCAUCUACGGGGAUAUCCCCCAAGGCCUGGUUGCAGUUCCCCUGGAGGACUUUGACCCAUACUAUUUGACGCAGAAAACCUUUGUAGUAUUAAACAGAGGGAAAACUCUCUUCAGAUUUAGUGCCACGCCUGCCUUGUACAUUUUAAGUCCUUUUAACCUGAUAAGAAGAAUAGCUAUUAAAAUUUUAAUACAUUCAGUAUUUAGCAUGAUCAUUAUGUGCACUAUUUUGACCAACUGUGUAUUCAUGACUUUUAGUAACCCUCCUGAGUGGUCGAAGAAUGUGGAGUACACAUUCACAGGGAUUUAUACAUUCGAAUCAGUAGUGAAAAUCCUUGCAAGAGGUUUCUGCAUAGAUGGCUUUACCUUUUUACGGGAUCCAUGGAACUGGUUAGAUUUCAGUGUCAUCAUGAUGGCAUAUGUGACAGAGUUUGUGGACCUGGGCAAUGUCUCAGCGCUGAGAACAUUCAGGGUUCUCCGAGCUUUGAAAACUAUCUCUGUAAUUCCAGGCCUGAAGACAAUUGUGGGCGCCCUCAUUCAGUCUGUGAAGAAGCUGUCAGAUGUGAUGAUCCUGACAGUAUUCUGCCUGAGUGUUUUCGCCCUGAUUGGACUGCAGCUGUUCAUGGGGAACCUGCGAAACAAGUGUGUUGUGUGGCCCAUAAACUUCAACGAGAGCUAUCUUGAAAACGGCACCAGAGGCUUUGACUGGGAAGAGUAUAUCAACAAUAAAACAAAUUUUUACACAGUUUCUGGCAUGCUGGAACCUUUACUCUGUGGGAACAGUUCUGAUGCUGGGCAAUGCCCAGAGGGAUACCAGUGUAUGAAAGCAGGAAGGAACCCCAACUAUGGUUACACAAGUUUUGACACUUUUAGCUGGGCCUUCUUGGCUUUAUUUCGCCUUAUGACCCAGGACUACUGGGAAAACUUGUAUCAACUGACCUUACGAGCAGCUGGAAAAACAUACAUGAUCUUCUUCGUCUUGGUAAUUUUUGUGGGUUCUUUCUAUCUGGUGAACUUAAUCUUGGCUGUGGUGGCCAUGGCUUAUGAAGAGCAGAAUCAGGCAACACUGGAGGAAGCAGAGCAAAAAGAGGCUGAAUUCAAAGCAAUGUUAGAGCAACUUAAGAAACAACAGGAAGAGGCACAGGCUGCCGCAAUGGCCACUUCGGCCGGCACUGUCUCAGAAGAUGCCAUCGAGGAAGAAGGUGAAGAAGGGGUUGGCUCUCCUCGGAGCUCAUCUGAAAUUUCUAAACUCAGUUCAAAAAGUGCCAAAGAAAGACGUAACAGGAGAAAGAAGAGGAAACAGAAGGAACUCUCUGAAGGAGAGGAGAAAGGAGAUCCUGAGAAGGUGUUUAAGUCAGAGUCAGAAGAUGGUAUGAGGAGGAAGGCCUUUCGGCUACCAGACAACAGAAUAGGGAGGAAAUUUUCCAUCAUGAAUCAGUCACUGCUCAGCAUCCCAGGCUCCCCUUUCCUCUCCCGCCACAACAGCAAGAGCAGCAUCUUCAGCUUCCGGGGCCCUGGGCGUUUUCGAGAUCCUGGCUCUGAGAAUGAGUUCGCGGACGACGAGCACAGCACGGUGGAGGAGAGCGAGGGCCGCCGGGACUCGCUGUUCAUCCCGAUCCGGGCUCGAGAGCGCCGCAGCAGCUACAGCGGCUACAGCGGCUACAGCCAGGGCAGCCGCUCCUCGCGCAUCUUCCCCAGCCUGCGGCGAAGCGUGAAGCGCAACAGCACGGUGGACUGCAACGGCGUGGUGUCCCUUAUCGGAGGGCCUGGCUCCCACAUCGGUGGGCGGCUCCUGCCAGAGGUGAAAAUAGAUAAGGCAGCUACUGAGGACAGUGGAACAACAGAGGUGGAAAUUAAGAAGAAAGGCCCUGGAUCUCUUUUAGUAUCCAUGGACCAACUGGCCUCCUAUGGACGAAAAGACAGAAUCAACAGUAUAAUGAGUGUUGUUACAAAUACACUAGUAGAAGAGCUGGAAGAGUCUCAGAGAAAGUGCCCACCAUGCUGGUAUAAAUUUGCCAACACUUUCCUCAUCUGGGAGUGUCACCCCUAUUGGAUAAAACUGAAAGAGAUUGUAAACUUGAUUGUUAUGGACCCUUUUGUGGACUUGGCCAUCACCAUCUGCAUUGUACUGAACACACUGUUUAUGGCAAUGGAGCACCAUCCUAUGACGCCACAGUUUGAACAUGUCUUGACUGUAGGAAAUCUGGUUUUCACUGGAAUUUUCACGGCAGAAAUGUUCCUGAAGCUAAUAGCCAUGGAUCCUUACUAUUAUUUCCAAGAAGGUUGGAAUAUUUUUGACGGAUUUAUUGUCUCCCUCAGUUUAAUGGAACUGAGUCUAGCAGAUGUGGAGGGGCUUUCAGUGCUGCGAUCUUUCCGAUUGCUCCGAGUCUUCAAAUUGGCCAAAUCCUGGCCCACCCUGAAUAUGCUGAUCAAGAUUAUUGGAAAUUCAGUGGGUGCCCUGGGUAACCUGACCCUGGUGCUGGCCAUUAUUGUCUUCAUCUUUGCCGUGGUGGGAAUGCAGCUCUUUGGGAAAAGCUACAAAGAGUGUGUCUGCAAGAUCAACCAGAACUGUGAACUUCCUCGCUGGCACAUGCAUGACUUUUUCCAUUCCUUCCUCAUUGUCUUUCGAGUAUUGUGCGGGGAGUGGAUUGAGACCAUGUGGGACUGCAUGGAGGUGGCGGGCCAGGCCAUGUGCCUCAUUGUCUUUAUGAUGGUCAUGGUCAUUGGCAACUUGGUGGUGCUGAAUCUGUUUCUGGCCUUGCUUCUGAGCUCCUUCAGUGCAGACAACCUGGCAGCCACUGACGAUGAUGGCGAAAUGAACAACCUACAGAUCUCAGUCAUCCGCAUCAAGAAAGGUGUCGCUUGGACCAAACUAAAAGUACAUGCCUUUAUGCAGGCUCACUUUAAGCAGCAUGAGGGGGAUGAAGUGAAACCCCUGGAUGAGCUGUAUGAAAAGAAGGCCAACUGUAUCGCCAACCACACUGGUGCAGACAUCCAUAGGAAUGGUGACUUUCAGAAGAAUGGCAAUGGCACAACCAGUGGCAUUGGCAGCAGUGUGGAGAAGUACAUCAUUGAUGAAGACCAUAUGUCCUUCAUCAACAAUCCCAACUUGACUGUGCGGGUGCCCAUUGCUGUAGGCGAGUCUGAUUUUGAGAACCUCAACACAGAAGAUGUUAGCAGCGAGUCGGAUCCUGAAGGCAGCAAAGAUAAAUUGGAUGACACUAGCUCCUCCGAAGGAAGCACCAUUGAUAUCAAGCCAGAAGUAGAAGAAGUCCCUGUGGAACAGCCCGAGGAGUACUUGGAUCCAGAUGCCUGCUUCACAGAAGGUUGUGUCCAGCGGUUCAAGUGCUGCCAGGUCAACAUUGAAGAAGGGCUGGGCAAGUCUUGGUGGAUCCUGCGGAAAACCUGCUUUCUCAUCGUAGAGCACAAUUGGUUUGAGACCUUCAUCAUCUUCAUGAUUCUGCUCAGCAGUGGUGCCCUGGCCUUUGAGGACAUCUACAUUGAACAGAGGAAGACUAUUCGCACUAUCCUGGAAUACGCUGACAAGGUCUUCACCUACAUCUUCAUCCUGGAGAUGUUGCUCAAGUGGACGGCCUAUGGGUUUGUCAAGUUCUUCACCAAUGCCUGGUGCUGGCUGGACUUCCUCAUCGUGGCUGUCUCUUUAGUCAGCCUUAUAGCUAAUGCCCUGGGCUACUCGGAACUAGGUGCCAUAAAGUCCCUUAGGACCCUAAGAGCUUUGAGACCCUUAAGAGCCUUAUCACGAUUUGAAGGGAUGAGGGUGGUGGUGAAUGCCUUGGUGGGUGCCAUCCCCUCCAUCAUGAAUGUGCUGCUGGUGUGUCUCAUCUUCUGGCUGAUUUUCAGCAUCAUGGGUGUUAACCUGUUUGCCGGAAAGUACCACUUCUGCUUUAAUGAGACUUCUGAAAUCCGAUUCGAAAUUGAACAUGUUAACAAUAAAACUGAGUGUGAAAAGCUGAUGGAGGGGAACAACACAGAGAUCAGAUGGAAGAACGUGAAGAUCAACUUCGACAACGUUGGGGCAGGGUAUCUGGCCCUUCUUCAAGUAGCAACCUUCAAAGGCUGGAUGGACAUCAUGUAUGCAGCCGUAGAUUCCCGAAAGCCUGAUGAGCAGCCUAAGUAUGAGGACAACAUCUACAUGUAUAUCUACUUUGUCAUCUUCAUCAUCUUCGGCUCCUUCUUCACCCUGAACCUCUUCAUUGGUGUCAUCAUUGAUAACUUCAAUCAACAAAAGAAAAAGUUUGGAGGUCAGGACAUCUUCAUGACUGAGGAACAGAAGAAGUACUACAAUGCCAUGAAAAAGCUGGGCUCAAAGAAACCACAGAAACCGAUUCCCCGUCCUUUGAACAAAAUCCAAGGUAUCAUCUUUGAUUUUGUCACUCAACAAGCCUUUGACAUUGUUAUCAUGAUGCUCAUCUGCCUUAACAUGGUGACAAUGAUGGUAGAGACAGAUACUCAGAGCAAGCAGAUGGAGAACAUUCUCUACUGGAUUAAUCUGGUCUUUGUCAUCUUCUUCACCUGUGAGUGUGUGCUCAAAAUGUUUGCCUUGAGGCACUACUACUUCACCAUUGGCUGGAACAUCUUCGACUUCGUGGUGGUCAUCCUCUCCAUUGUAGGGAUGUUUCUGGCUGAUAUCAUUGAGAAAUACUUUGUUUCCCCAACCCUAUUCCGAGUCAUCCGAUUGGCCCGUAUUGGGCGCAUCUUGCGUCUAAUCAAAGGUGCCAAAGGGAUUCGUACCCUGCUCUUUGCCUUAAUGAUGUCCUUGCCUGCCCUGUUCAACAUUGGCCUUCUGCUCUUCCUGGUCAUGUUCAUCUUCUCCAUCUUUGGGAUGUCCAAUUUUGCAUACGUGAAGCAUGAGGCUGGCAUUGAUGACAUGUUCAACUUUGAGACAUUUGGCAACAGCAUGAUCUGCCUGUUUCAGAUCACAACCUCGGCUGGUUGGGAUGGCCUGCUGCUCCCCAUCCUUAACCGCCCCCCUGACUGCAGCCUGGACAAGGAACACCCAGGGAGUGGCUUUAAGGGAGACUGCGGGAACCCCUCUGUGGGCAUCUUCUUCUUUGUAAGCUACAUCAUCAUCUCCUUCUUGAUUGUGGUGAACAUGUACAUUGCCAUCAUCUUGGAGAACUUCAGUGUAGCUACAGAAGAAAGUGCAGACCCUCUGAGUGAGGAUGACUUUGAGACCUUCUAUGAGAUCUGGGAGAAGUUUGACCCCGACGCCACCCAGUUCAUUGAGUACUGUAAGCUGGCAGACUUCGCAGAUGCCUUGGAGCAUCCUCUCCGAGUCCCCAAGCCCAACACCAUUGAGCUCAUCGCCAUGGAUCUUCCAAUGGUGAGUGGGGAUCGCAUUCACUGCUUGGACAUCCUUUUUGCCUUCACCAAGCGGGUCUUGGGAGACAGCGGAGAGUUGGACAUCCUGCGACAGCAGAUGGAGGAGCGGUUCGUGGCAUCCAAUCCUUCCAAAGUGUCUUACGAGCCAAUCACAACCACCCUGCGACGCAAGCAGGAGGAGGUGUCUGCAGUGGUCCUGCAGCGAGCCUACCGGGGACAUUUGGCAAGGCGAGGCUUCAGCUGCAAAAAGAUGACUUCCAAUAAGCUAGAGAAUGGAGGCACCCACCAGGAGAAAAAGGAGAGCACCCCAUCCACAGCCUCCCUCCCAUCCUAUGACAGUGUAACUAAACCUGACAAGGAGAAACAGCAGCGGGCAGAGGAAGGAAGAAAGGAAAGAGCCAAAAGACAAAAAGAGGUCAGAGAAUCCAAAUGUUAGAGGAGAGCAACAGUGAAAUAUUUACUGGUUUAAAACUUGCAAGUGAAAGAUUGUUUACAAACUUCCUGAAUAUUAUCAAUGCAGAACAGCUGUGCUGUGGAGACGCUGUAACCUGAAGAUCUAUACCAAACGUAGUCUGCUUAUCACGUGACACGGUUGCAUCUUGAGCAGUGACCUGCCAAGGGCAAAAGACCCUGCUCCCUGGACUCACAGAUUUUCUAUUGCUUGGGCAGGUGGUUACUGCAUGUUCCACAUUCAGUCAAUGCAACUUAGAACAAAAUUAACAGGAUACAAAAACAGAAGAGAGGCUGCCGGGACCAGCAUAUUUCCGUUGCAGCCAAAUGGAUUUUAUUUUUUCAUUUUGUUGAUUCUCAGAAGCAGAAAGCAUCACUUUAAAAGUUUGUUUGUUCAUGCAAACUAUAUUUGCAUUCUUACCUUAGUUAAGCUAAGCGGCAAAAAGAAAAAACACACACACACUCACAUUUAGCCCAUGUCAUUAAAUGGUCAGUUACUUUGACAUAAAUUGCAUCUUCUCCACAUGGGCUUCACAUGGUUUGGAGAUGGGUGGGGGAACACAAUCAGGUUUUUCAGGCUGAGGAGGACUUGCUCAGGCCAAUUCCAAACAUUGUGCUCGUUCAGUGCAUAGAAAUGAUUUGCAUGAUGGCAUGCUGUGAUCAGAAGUCAUGCAUGAGAUCCAUACACUACAGGACACUACUAAUCCUGUCCCCUGCAUUGGGUCAGCCUUUGGAAAGGACCCAGUCCUGCACCGUUCACUGUAUUUGGAGAAAAUGGUAAGAGUUCCAUACUGGCUGCAAUUCUUUAUAAGUCUUCAAAGUCUUUCAUACACCUUCUGGGUAGGGAAACAUAACUAAUCAAUUGACCACCACUAACAAAAAACAAACCCAAUCCAACAAGCAGAUGGAUCCGUUGUGUGUAUAUGUUUAACAGACAUCUCUAACAUAGAGCCAUUGUUGCACAUUUUGCAAGAUGAACUAUUUAAUGCUGCUCUGUGUCUAGUACACGGGGAGACUUUGAUCCUGAAUGGCUUGUACUAUUUCUGUCACUGUAAAACCAAAAACUAGGGCUAAAAAAGAAAGUUCAUUUGUAUCUUGCAAUAUUUAUGAUGAUUAUUUAGCCUUCAUACAGGAGAACUGACACUUAUUUGGGGUAGAGAUAAAAGUGCUAUUUAGGGUAGCAUGUUUAUCUCUAGGGGGUACUUUGGGGAACCUAAAAUGACCUUUCACUGGGGUAUAUGGGGUGCUCACUUCAUUUAGUGUCAUGUCCUUCCACAUCAUGGCUUUCUCCAGGCUUGGGUCUCUAUGGAGAGGGGUUCGGCUAUUCUGACCUGCCCUCUCCUUUCUGCAGAGAGGUUGCCACAGGGUCAUACCUGCAUGGCUCCUCCUGCCUCCACCAUGUUUCUCCACCCAGCAGGGCUUCCCUUCCCACCCUGCAGGGCUGGGGAGGGCAGCAGCACUGGAUAUGGCUAUAGUUCCCUUCAUUUAUGAUUAGAAUAAUGGUCACUGGUGGGACCUGAGGUAGAGAUGGAGCCGCCUCUGAACCAAGCCCACUUGAUUUCUUUACUGCACUGGUUUUUAUUAGAAAGUGACUUAAUAUUAAUUCUUUAGGAUAUUCCAGCUUCUCUCAGUACAUUCCCUUCCAGCCAGGUUUGCUAUCUGCUUGAUGACCUGCCCAUUGUCAUUGGAGGGUGGCUUCUGGGGGAGCGUCUUCUCUUUCAUUCCAUCUCCCGCUUUAUGGAAGACAGUUCUUAGUGCAGGGGUAUAUCAUGCGAUGACAGGGUUUCAAAGCCAAGAUGCUGCAGUUAGAUGUUUCAGGAAGUCUAUUUGAAGAGCGGAGAAAGACUGGUGAACCAAAUCAAAAUAAAUUCUUCCUGAACCAUAUAAUAGAGGGGGAGAAGAAACCAACCCGUUACCAGACACACCAAUCUGCCUUGCAGUAGAAGCACUUUGGAUGUAAUUUUACAGUCCACUUGACUAGUUUUGCAUAGAACAAACCACAGCAGCUCAGUAAGCAGAGCUUGCUAUCUUGCUGGACCAUUAGAAACUCCGUCCAGUGCUCUCAAGCCUUCUUCUGCGGCACCAUCCGUAGGGUUUUGUACUACGCCUGAUGCCAGAUUGGGAAGGCAUUUCUUUCAGUGCCCCUGCUAACUGCUAGGAUGAAUGUAUAGUACCAUGUACAGGUGACAUUGUAAACAGCACAAAACAGAAGCUGACAUGUGGUUAUUCUUUUUAAGAGAAUUAUAAAUACUGUAAUAUAUAAUUUUACUUUAUUGGCAUGCCUUUUGUAAAUACAAAUGAUUAACUUACUAAAUAGGAAAUGGCUUCUGGCUUAUGCCAUUGUCAUGUUUAUUUUUAUUUUUUAUACUUUUCUUUCUUCUUAGAACUUAGAUGCUGUCAGCCAAUGUACAUCCCCAAACCAGACAGACAAAAAAU